ACCUGGGCAGCGGCCGGGCUCUGUGGCUUCAGGGCUUGGAGAGAGAGAGAGGGAGGGUGGCAAAGGUAGUGAGUUGGUGCCGCCGCCUGUCUAAGGAGAGAGGAGGGGUCCCGCUUGCCUGCGCCCUUCACGGGCCGAGAGCGCGAGGCACCGGCGAACCUCUGAGGCCUCCCGGCCCCUGGGGACCCCGCCCCGCCGCCGGCCGGCCGGCCCGCGGCCUCUCUUCCCUUUGUGAGCGCCCCCUUCCCAGGGGUGGUGGUGGUGGCGGAGGGCUGUGCGUGGGCCCGCCCGCCGAGGGGCCGCGGCGGGGGACGAGAGGGCCUCGGCUGUGUGAGGACGGGAGGCGGCCGAGGCCCGGGCCGGUUCCCCCGAGGCGGCGGCGGCGGCGGCUCCCAGCACUUCCCCGCGCCAUCUUAGCUGAGCCCAAGCGCUGAGGGCGCCUCCUCGACCCCGGUCGUCCCCUCGCCCCCUCCCCCCCUGCCCCUUGUCGCAGAGCUUGGGCUGGGCGGCUUGCUGGGGCUCCGGGGGGGGGGGGGGGCGGCGGUCGGUCGCCAGGCCCCCUCCUCCUCACUCCUCGCCCUCCAGCGUAGCGGCUACCCGAGCGCUGCAGGGGGCUGCGCUUGCCUACUCCGCCCAGACCUGUCGGCGAAAGGUUUAUGCCAGCGUGGCUUCAUUCAUACAGAUGAACCAGGGAUUGGGAUAGCAGUAUAAAAUUAGAAUCAGAGAACUGAUUGCCCAGCAGGAUGCCAUCAACCAACCGAGCGGGCAGUCUGAAGGACCCUGAAAUUGCAGAGCUCUUCUUCAAAGAAGACCCAGAGAAGCUCUUCACAGAUCUCAGAGAAAUUGGCCAUGGAAGCUUUGGAGCAGUAUAUUUUGCACGAGAUGUGCGCACCAAUGAAGUGGUGGCUAUCAAGAAAAUGUCUUACAGUGGGAAGCAGUCUACUGAGAAAUGGCAGGAUAUUAUUAAGGAAGUCAAGUUUCUACAAAGAAUAAAACAUCCCAACAGUAUAGAAUACAAAGGCUGCUAUUUACGUGAGCACACAGCAUGGCUGGUAAUGGAAUAUUGCUUAGGAUCUGCUUCAGAUUUACUGGAAGUUCACAAAAAGCCAUUACAAGAAGUGGAAAUAGCAGCAAUUACACAUGGUGCUCUCCAGGGAUUAGCCUACUUACAUUCUCAUACCAUGAUCCAUAGAGAUAUCAAAGCAGGAAAUAUCCUUCUGACAGAACCAGGCCAGGUGAAACUUGCUGACUUUGGAUCAGCUUCCAUGGCAUCUCCUGCCAAUUCUUUUGUGGGAACGCCAUAUUGGAUGGCCCCAGAAGUAAUUUUAGCCAUGGAUGAAGGACAGUAUGAUGGCAAAGUAGAUGUAUGGUCUCUUGGAAUAACAUGUAUUGAACUAGCGGAAAGGAAGCCUCCUUUAUUUAAUAUGAAUGCAAUGAGUGCCUUAUAUCACAUAGCCCAAAAUGAAUCCCCUACAUUACAGUCUAAUGAAUGGUCUGAUUAUUUUCGCAACUUUGUAGAUUCUUGCCUCCAGAAAAUCCCUCAAGAUCGCCCUACAUCAGAGGAACUUUUAAAGCACAUGUUUGUUCUUCGGGAGCGCCCUGAAACAGUGUUAAUAGAUCUCAUUCAAAGGACAAAGGAUGCAGUAAGAGAGCUGGACAAUCUGCAGUAUCGAAAGAUGAAGAAACUCCUUUUCCAGGAGGCACAUAACGGACCAGCAGUAGAAGCACAGGAAGAAGAAGAGGAACAAGAUCAUGGUGUUGGCCGGACAGGAACAGUGAAUAGUGUCGGAAGUAAUCAGUCUAUUCCCAGUAUGUCCAUCAGUGCCAGUAGCCAAAGUAGUAGUGUUAACAGUCUUCCAGAUGCCUCAGAUGACAAGAGUGAGCUAGAUAUGAUGGAGGGAGACCACACAGUGAUGUCUAAUAGUUCUGUCAUCCAUUUAAAACCUGAGGAAGAAAAUUACAGAGAAGAGGGAGAUCCUAGAACAAGAGCAUCAGAUCCACAAUCUCCACCUCAAGUGUCUCGUCAUAAAUCACACUAUCGUAAUCGGGAACACUUUGCUACUAUACGGACAGCAUCACUGGUUACAAGGCAAAUGCAAGAACAUGAGCAGGACUCUGAGCUUAGAGAACAGAUGUCUGGCUAUAAGAGAAUGAGGCGGCAACAUCAAAAGCAACUGAUGACUCUGGAAAAUAAGCUAAAGGCUGAGAUGGAUGAACAUCGCCUCAGAUUAGACAAAGAUCUUGAAACUCAGCGUAACAAUUUUGCUGCAGAGAUGGAGAAACUUAUCAAAAAACAUCAGGCUGCUAUGGAAAAAGAGGCUAAAGUGAUGGCCAAUGAGGAGAAAAAAUUUCAGCAACAUAUUCAGGCUCAACAGAAGAAAGAACUAAAUAGUUUUUUGGAGUCCCAGAAAAGAGAAUAUAAACUUCGAAAGGAACAGCUUAAGGAGGAACUGAAUGAAAACCAGAGCACCCCAAAAAAGGAAAAACAAGAAUGGCUUUCAAAGCAGAAGGAGAAUAUACAACAUUUCCAAGCAGAGGAAGAGGCUAAUCUUCUUCGACGACAGAGGCAAUACCUAGAGCUGGAGUGCCGUCGCUUCAAGCGAAGAAUGUUACUUGGACGCCAUAACUUGGAGCAGGACCUUGUCAGGGAGGAGUUAAAUAAAAGGCAGACUCAAAAGGACUUAGAGCAUGCCAUGCUACUGAGACAACAUGAAUCCAUGCAAGAACUGGAGUUCCGUCACCUCAACACAAUUCAGAAGAUGCGCUGUGAGUUGAUCAGAUUGCAGCAUCAGACUGAGCUCACAAACCAGCUGGAAUAUAACAAGCGAAGAGAACGAGAACUAAGGCGAAAGCAUGUCAUGGAGGUUCGACAACAGCCUAAGAGUCUGAAGUCUAAAGAACUCCAAAUAAAAAAGCAGUUUCAGGAUACCUGUAAAAUCCAAACCAGACAGUACAAAGCAUUAAGAAAUCACCUACUGGAGACUACACCAAAGAGCGAGCACAAAGCUGUUCUGAAACGGCUCAAGGAGGAGCAGACCCGGAAGUUAGCCAUCUUGGCUGAGCAGUAUGACCACAGCAUUAAUGAAAUGCUCUCCACACAAGCUCUACGUUUGGAUGAAGCACAGGAAGCAGAAUGCCAGGUUUUAAAGAUGCAGCUGCAGCAGGAACUGGAGCUAUUGAAUGCAUAUCAGAGCAAAAUCAAGAUGCAAGCCGAGGCACAACAUGAUCGGGAGCUUCGAGAGCUUGAACAGAGGGUCUCCCUCCGCAGGGCACUCUUAGAACAAAAGAUUGAGGAAGAGAUGUUGGCUUUGCAGAAUGAACGCACAGAACGAAUAAGAAGUCUGUUGGAGCGCCAAGCCAGAGAAAUUGAAGCUUUUGACUCUGAAAGCAUGAGACUAGGUUUUAGUAACAUGGUCCUUUCCAAUCUUUCCCCUGAGGCAUUUAGCCACAGCUACCCGGGAGCUUCUGGUUGGUCUCAUAAUCCUACUGGGGGUCCAGGACCUCACUGGGGUCAUCCCAUGGGUGGCCCACCACAGGCUUGGGGCCAUCCAAUGCAAGGUGGACCCCAACCAUGGGGUCACCCUUCAGGGCCAAUGCAAGGGGUACCCCGAGGUAGCAGUAUGGGAGUCCGCAAUAGCCCUCAGGCUCUGAGGCGGACAGCUUCUGGGGGACGGACAGAGCAGGGCAUGAGCAGAAGCACGAGUGUCACUUCACAAAUAUCCAAUGGGUCACACAUGUCUUAUACAUAACUUAAUAAUUGAGAGUGGCAAUUCCGCUGGAGCUGUCUGCCAAAAGAAACUGCCUACAGACAUCAUCACAGCAGCCUCCUCACUUGGGUACUACAGUGUGGACGCUGAGUGCAUAUGGUAUAUUUUAUUCAUUUUUGUAAAGCAUUCUGUUUUGUGUUUACUAAUUGAGAUGUCAUAGCAUUUGGCUGCCGGGUUUUGUUUUGUUCUUUAACUUCUGGAAAAAUUUUGAAAGGGGGAAUUGUGUGUAUGUAAAAAGAAAUUGGCUAGAUUGGGGGUAAUUUUUGAACACUGCAAAAAUAGAAUACAGCAUAGUGGCGUGAGUCAUCACUUUGGGGCUACUGUAUUCUAAGAAAUUUGUGAAAAGAUCUAAAGCCUUCCCCACACCCCAAAUUCUUAUGAGCCACUCACAGCAGGCAGGCAGCAUAUGUUGAGCCAAGUGAUUAUGGAAACACACCUGUAUCCCCUCACCAGUGUAUUUUCUUUAUUAAAUUGGUCUUGACUUCUCAGCCUCAUUUGGAGUAAAAGAGUAGAAAUUCACGAACACUAAAGGGUUGCAUUGACUUUUACAGAGAGUAGAAAACAACUUAGUUCUUUUUCUGAAUGCUGCAUAGGUUUGUCAGUUUUUGUUUUUGUUUUGUCCGUUCAAUUGUGCCUUCUUUGUGGCAUGGUGAGAUGGAGGUGCUUCAGGAGAUCACAAGUUGUGUGGGAAUUGCAUCAACAAACCUGUGAGCCUUCAAAGGGGAGACUGGAAGGUGAGAGAGGCCCCUGAAAGUUCAUGUGGUGGGUAUGUUCAGCAGCAGAGUGAGGAGAUGAAGCCUAUAUAUCCUAAUGUUUUAUUGCUUUUACUGUGAUAUCUCAUCCUAGCUAAGCUCUGUAACUCCCAAGACCCCAAACAGUACUUUUACUUUGUACAAAAACAGACAUAUAGCCAAUAUAAAUCAAAUGCCAGAGGUAUUUGAAGGAUGCCAUAUUUGCAAACUGCCAUCCAUUGGAAUUCUCAUUACACUACAUAGACAUAAUUUGAUUAUCCUCCCCCUUUUGGCUUAUGGGAUUUCCUGUUUACAAGUAGAAUAGCCAAUUAUUUAAAUAUUUAGUUGCCAUAGUGAACCAGGAGUCACUGAGCCAAUGACUUUACCAGCUGCUGACUAAUCCUCAUCACCACUGUAGAUUUUGCUGCAUGUGCAGGUCCUUUUUUUCUUUUCUCUCUCUCUCUUUUUUUUUUUUUUUUGGCUGUUUUUGUUGCUGCAAUACUUUAGAAACUUUUAGUUCCUUGAGACUUAGUGACCAUUUGGCAUCAUGUUAACAUCACACAGUAGGAAACACCACUUCCAGAAGUCUCUAGCCUGAGUGCUAAAGUACUACUGAAAAGGAACUAUCAAGUUUGGCAAAUUAAAAAAGACAAAAAAAAAAGGUUAAGUAAGUUAUAGUGGUCAGGGAAUCUCUUAAUGAAAGCUAACUUUUUUUUUUCCCCCAGAGAGGGGCAUGUUUUGUUUUGUUUUAUGUUUUGCAAUGAAGGAUCAACCCAAUGCUAAAAGUCAGAUGUUCCUUGGCAUUCCACACCCAGUGUGGAAAUUGAGUUGAAGGUGGUUAAGGAGCUAUGAGUAUGACUUGAAGGAAAAAAAAUGUCCUUCCCAGUGACAGAUCAGAGUUUCUUACAAGUUAUUGCCCUGCCCCCUCCCCAGUUGUCUUGAAGAACCCUUGCUACUAACUCUGGGUCCUCAUUUUCAUGUGGUCAGAGGACUCCAAGUUAGAAUUCCCUAAGUCUCACUCAGUGACACCUAGACCUGAGUGAUGACCAAACAGUAAUCUAUCACUGUUGAAAUCUUGGUUUUUCUCAACCAAAUUUAAGUCUUCCCCAGGUAUGUCAGCCCAAUCUCCAUGAAGCCUCCCCUUUAGGAGUUUCUGGCAUUCAUUUAAAGGUAACUGGAAGAAAAAAUAAUAUUUUAAUGUAAAUUUUU